CCUUCUUUUUUUUCUUUUUUUAUUUGGUAAUAUAUUGAAUUUUUUUAGUAAUUUUUGCAAGUUACCAUUUAUGAGAGAUUGAAUCACUAGAAAAUGUAGGUAACAUAAUAUUUUGUUUUUUGAGAACUAGGUCCAUAGAAGUUAUUAGAUCUUUUCCUUUUCUUCUUGAUUCAAUACAAUACUUAGUUCUUGGUUGUAUGUUCUCCCAUUUCGCCAAUCCUUUUCUUUAAUCUCAUUAUCCCUGCUUAAUUUUCCAGUUAAGGAGUGGUUUUCCCUGUCUGUUUUUGUUUUCUGAACAGACAGACACAGCCUUUCUCAGGAAUCCAACAGCCUGCAAAAUAGCUGCAUUUCUUCACUAUAAAAAACCACUGCAGCUGCCUCUUGAAAUUCACAGACAACACCCUUCAUGACCAUGGACAGAAACAUAGACAUGAUCUCAAACCUGCCAAGCUCUCUACUCAUAAUCAUUGCAGGUUUUCUGUCAUUCAAAGAGGCUGCUAGGACAUCUGUUUUGUCUAAACAAUGGCUUAACAUCUGGCGUGAUGCGAUGCAUAUACAGUUUAACGAGAACUUCUUUGUUAAAUCUGAUGAGCCUGAAGAGAAUCAAAAAGUUCAGAGAGAAGUUUUCAUCAACUUUGCAAGGCAGUUUAUUGCAAACUAUCCACCACAGGAUAUUAAAACACUUGGACUCACAUGUUCAAAGCCAGGGGAUUUUCUUGCUGAUAUGCAAAAUAUUGUCAUGUUCGCGUCGUCACGUAACGUGAGAGAAUUAGGACUAGAUUUCUCUGACCCGACAUGGAGAGAACAUGCACUUGAGAAUCAUCAAGCAGCAUUUGAAUUGCCUUUGCUUGUUUAUGAACAUGGCCAGGCUCUCAAGUCCAUGAAGUUGUUUUCGUGCAGUUUUGAUGUAUCCAACUUCUCUAAUUUCUGUGCGCUAAAGACUCUUUCUCUAGGGUGGAUUAAAAUAAACAUGGGAUCUAUUUUGGCUAUAUUGGAGAGUUGUCCAUUGUUAGAGAGUUUGAGUCUAAAGAAGUGUUGGGACAUAGUGAGCUUUGAGAUAUCUAAGCCAGGUUUGAGGCUAAAAAGCUUGGUCAUUGAGGAGUGUGAUAUUGCCGAUGAUUUCGUAUUAAUUGAGGGACCAAAACUUCAAUUCUUUAAGUUCUCAGGAAACGUGGGUGAAUUUCUUUUGGACGAUCAAAGCGAUUUGGUAAAGGCUGAACUUGAUUUUGAGACGGAGACUGCAUUUGAUGAAAUUGGUUUAUUCCUUUGUGAUCUCUUAGAAGAUCUUUUUGCUGCUCAAGUUUUGACAGUUUGCAGCGUCUUCUUACAGAUUGUUCCCAGUGGAAACGAACCAUUGGGUUUGCAAGCUCAAAUUGAUGUCCGCUAUCUGAUCCUCAAAACAGCACUGCACAUUAAUGAAUUUUGUGGUAUCAGGUUCAUGCUAAGGAGCUGUCCUCAUCUAGAGAUUCUUACCAUAGACAUUGGUCCUGCAAAUAUUUUCCCUGAAUACGGAGCUCCCUAUCCAUUUAACCCUCAAGAAUUUUGGUCUGAGGACUUGCUAGUGGAAGAGUGUGUCACUACUACUCUUAAGGCGGUGAACGUGAAGGGAUUUAAAGGCAUGAUGAAUGAACUAAAUGUGCUGAAAUACUUGCUCCUCUUCGGCCAUGCAAUCGAGGAACUCACUCUUUAUGUCUCCAAUGAAGCUGGCAGUAAUGGUGAAACUAGGGAGUUCUAUAUGGAAAGAGCACUGCAAGUUUUGGAAUUCAACAAGGCAUCGAGGAAUUUAAGUAUAGCAGUCUUAUAAACCAGUCUUUCCAACAUUAUUGCAUUUUGGAAACUACAUGGAAAUAAAUUAGCAACUUUGUGAUGAUUCCCUGAACUUCGUUCUGAAGAUGAAGGGACCUUGCAUUUUCAUCUAUACUUUUCAUGGAAUAUUGCUUUUUAUUGAACAACUAUCU